AUGGCGUUCAAAGCAAACGAGACGACGCCGCUACUGGCUGACAGCAUCCCAAAGUUGGCGAGCGACGAAGACAGCGAUGACACCGUACUUGGCAGCGAUGAUGGAGACGGUCGACUGCUUCACGAUGCUACGGAACAACCAUUCAACCACUGGCAAAUCUUCGCAUUAUGCUGUGCCGCAGUGACCGAGCCGGUUGCCUGCUUCUGCAUCUUUCCCUUCGUCAGCGAGAUGAUACAGGCCACGGGUGGCCUUGAAGAAUCUGACGUUGGCUUCUGGGCCGGCGCCAUCGAGUCGCUCUUCUCGGUUGUGCAGAUGGGCUUGAUGAUCAUUUACGGCCGGAUGUCAGAUCGUUUUGGAAGGAAGCCUGUGUUGGUCUUCAGCUUAGCUGGGCUGAGCAUCUCAACAGCAUUGUUCGGUCUCAGUCGCAGUCUGUGGCAGAUGGUCAUGUUCCGCUGUUUGGCUGGAAGUUUUGCUGGCAGUGUGUUGACGGUGCGGAUCAUGGUGGCAGAAAGUUGCAAUAAAUCAACAGAAGGCAGAGCAUUCGCUUGGUUCAUGUUCGCGCGGAAUGGUGGCAUCCUGCUAGGUCCAGUCAUUGGAGGAGCUUUUGUGGACCCUCGCCUGACCAGCGGCAUAUCACUGUUUGAGCAGUACCCUUACUUGCUCGCCACAGGUAUUACCGGCGCCGUCUGUCUCCUGGGGACCUUACUAGUUGCCAUGUUCUGCCACGAGACGCUCGCAGAGGGGGACAAGUUGGCAAAGACGAAGAUCCAGUCAAUGACCACUUGGCAGCUACUCAAAGCUCCCGGCGUAGCAUCUGGACUCUACAUCUUCGGCCACACCAUGUUCCUCGCCCUCGCCAACACUGCAGUGCUGCCUGUGUUCCUCUUCACAAGCACUGCCAAUGGUGGCCUCGGCUUCUCGCCCAGAUGGAUCUCUUACUUUCUAGCUGGACUGGCCGCAAGUCAGGGACUAUGGACGCUGAUGUCCUUCCCUACACUGAAGCGAAAGAUGGGUACGCGGAAGGUCAUGCAGAUCUGUUCCUGUGGAUGGCCGUUACUGUUCGCGUCGAUGCCGGUACUGAAUGAAGUUCUUCGGCGAGACGCUAUUGCUGCCUUCUGGGCUGUCGUGCCAGUGCCAUUGAUCAUUGGCGGCGGAGUGGCGAUGUCAUUUGCCGGCGCUCAAUUGUUGGUCAACGACACAUGCCCAUCUCCAACGGAACUUGCUCUCCUCAAUGCACUCACACAGACCCUGAACAGCGCUGUGCGAGCCGUGACGCCUGCCCUAUUCACAAGCGUCUUCGCCUUGGGUGCCAAGACCCAGCUGCUCGACGGGCACCUCUGCUGGGUCGUCCUGAUUGCUCUCACGGUACCUUUGCAGUGGGCGCUGUUCUUUCGAGCGGGUACCUGA